CACAGCAAGUAAAUCCGAUUUUUGUGUUUUAAACAGUCGUAUUUUGGUUAAAACAAAUGAAACGUUGUGUUCUUUAAUUAUUAAUAUGUAAUUAUGUGUUUUCUUAUUAAUUCAUAAUAAGUGCUGUACUUUAAUAUCGAUACGUAUAGGUAUGCUGUUACUUGUGAAAAGCCGGCAUUUCUAAAAUUUCGUUAGCAAGAUGACGUCUAUCAUCAAAUUGCACAGCCUUUCUGGUGCUGGAGACGAGUCUCCACCAUGCUACGUGCUACAGAUAGACGAAUUCAAGUUCCUCUUGGACUGCGGGUGGGAUGAGAAGUUUGAUAUGGACUUCAUCAAGGAAUUGAAAAGACAUGUCAACACAAUCGAUGCUGUCCUGCUUUCACACUCCGAUCCCCUACAUCUUGGAGCUCUUCCGUACGCUGUGGGCAAACUAGGCCUAAACUGCCCGAUCUAUGCAACGUUGCCUAUUUACAAAAUGGGCCAGAUGUUUAUGUACGAUCUGUACCAGUCCCACAAGAACGUAUCAGAAUUUGACCUAUUUACGUUGGACGAUGUUGACGCUGCUUUUGAUAGGAUUACGCAGUUGAAGUACAAUCAGAGUGUGGAUAUGAAAGGUAAAGGCCUAGGGCUCCGCAUCACGCCACUGCCGGCCGGCCACUCCCUCGGCGGCACUGUGUGGCGGAUCGCAGCCCCCGGCGAAGAGGAUAUAGUGUACGCACCGGACUUCAACCACAAGAAGGAACGGCAUCUGAACGGGUGUGAGAUUGAGAAGCUUAUGCGGCCUAGUUUGAUGUUGCUCGGAGCUAUGAACGCUGAUUAUAUUCAGCCGAGGAGGAGGCUGCGAGAUGAGAAGCUUAUGACAACAAUUCUUACUACACUACGCGGCGGAGGCUGCGUCCUUGUCUGUACGGACACGGCGGGCCGUGUAUUAGAACUGGCCCAUAUGCUGGACCAGCUGUGGAGGAACAAGGACUCGGGAUUGGUGGCGUACUCCCUGCUGUUGUUGUCCAACGUCAGCUACAAUGUGGUGGAAUUUGCCAAGUCUCAGAUAGAGUGGAUGAGUGACAAAUUGACGAGAGCGUUCGAGGGCGCUCGUAGCAACCCGUUCGCGCUGAGACACCUGCAGCUCUGCCACUCCGUCAGCGAGGUCACCCGGACCCCGGGUCCUAAGGUGGUACUCGCUUCGUUCCCAGACCUGGAGUCAGGGUUUGCUCGUGACCUGUUUCUACUGUGGUCACCGCAUCCUAACAAUUCCAUCAUAUUGACUGCUAGAACAUCACCUGGCACGCUCGCAAGGGAUCUCAUAGAAAAUGGCGGCGAUCGCGUUCUCGAGUUGACCGUGAGGAAGCGGGUGCGGCUGGAGGGCGCCGAGCUGGACGAGUUCCUUCAGCAGCAGAGGCUCAAGGUCAACAAUACUGUCAAAGAAGAAACGGGCGGCCUGUCGUCCGACUCGGAGUCGGACGGCGAGCUGGAGAUGUGGGUGGUGACGGGCCGGCACGACAUCCCGGCGCGGCCCGGCGGCCGGCCCGCCGGCUGCUUCAAGACCAACAAGCGGCACCACGCCAUGUACCCGUGCCACGAGGAGCGCACCAGGGCCGAUGAUUACGGGGAGAUCAUAAAGCCCGAAGAUUACAGGUUAGCGGAGGUCGUGGACCCCGACGGAGAAAUAAGAGAUGUUCCACCCGCGCCUCCCCCCACUCAGCAACCUGAAGAGGAAAUGACGGAAAUACCCAGCAAAUGCGUCGCCACUACCCGGCAGGUGCACAUAAAGGCGAACAUCCAGUACAUCGAGCUGGAGGGGCGGUGCGACGGCGAGUCUUUGUUGCGAGUGGUGGCGCAGUGCAAACCCCACGCCGUGGUGGGGCUGCGGGCUAAAACACCAGCUUUGAUUGCUCUCAAAAAACAAUGCGAACGUAGCGCCGUCGAGAAGUACUUCGCACCAAACAAAGGUGAAACUGUCGACGCUACCACGGAAUCACACAUUUAUCAGGUGAAGCUGACCGACAGCGUGAUGUGCGCGCUGUCGUGGCGGCGCGCGGGCGACGCCGAGCUGGCCUGGCUCAGCGCCCGCGCCGCGCGCCCGCCCGCCGACACCACCGCCGAGGACGCGCCGACCGAACAGCUCAUGUCUUUAGAACCGGCGCCAUCGAAUUCUGUCACACCGCACGCGGCGGCCUUCAUCAAUUCUGUGAGGCUGUCAGAAUUGAGAUCGGCUAUUGCUAAAUUGGGACUCAAUGCGGAAUUCUCCGGAGGAGCUUUGGAAUGCUGUAACGGGACUUUGGCUAUAAGAAGAUUGGAGAACGGACGAGUGGCGUUGGAAGGCGUACUAUCCGAAGAGUAUUACAAAGUAAGGGAAUUGCUCUACGAACAAUUCGCUAUAGUGUAGUGUUGACUGAUUGUAAAUAAAUUGAUAAUAAUGAAACUGGUUUUUGAUUUUUAGAUGUAAAUUUAGUG